AUGCCAAUUUAUUUAUUAGAGACUUUAGUAAACAAAAGACUGGAAUAUUUAAAAUCUGUGUUUAAAACACAAGGACUAGUUUACAGUGAAUAUAUGAUUGAUGGAAGUGUAUAUGACAUCGUUGGGCACUUUAUGCUGUGCAUUAUUGUAAUUUUAGAAGAUAAUGCCGAUUUUACACAGUUUUUUAUAAAGGCAGAAGAAAUUUUGUUUAAAUAUAGACUGAAAGCGCUCUUGGCUUAUGACUUAAGAUGUUUUGCAAAAAAACUGCUCAGACAAAUAAGGAAAAUUGAAUCAAAUUUCUCUCUACUUGAUCCUUUAAGAAAACUUUGCCAGCAUUUACUAUUAAAACAUACAGUACACCAUAUCAGCUCUAUUUCUUGUUGUGAUAACUGCUCAAAGCAUUUUCUGCAAGUCUAUUUUACACAUUGUUUAUCAUUUAUAGCAGACAGGCAGGUGGAAUUAAAACAAGGAUUAGCUUUAAUUCCAUGCAGCAAAUGGAAAAAUUACCUAAUAUCAUUAUUUAAAACCAACUUAAAAAAUCGAGUCUGUUAUACUAACCUGGAUACUCUAAGACAUGAUCCAAGAAUAAUUGAUUUACUUCACAAAGUAAGAAAAAGUAUGAUAUUACAAAAGACUUAUAAUAUCAAUAUUUUAAUGAGCUAUGAGGUUGAUAAUGCAUCAAAAUUAUUUCCACCUUGCAUGCUAAAUUUACAUCAGCAUUUACGACAGAAACAUAGACUUAGCCAUGACCAACGAUUUUGUUAUAGCCUUUUUUUGAAAGAUGUUGGCAUGCCUGUAAAUCAAGCAAUAAGCUUUUGGAAAGCUGAAUAUGAGAAGUCUCCAAAUGGAAAACAUAAUUGUUGUCACAAUUGGGAAAGAGAUGAAAAAAGAUUUAUGUAUGGAAUUAGACAUUUGUAUGGGUUAGAAGGUGGUAGAAAACACUAUCAAUCCCAAAACUGUCAAUUCAUCCAAGCUGCUGAUGCUUCCUGUUCAGAAGGUGGCUGCCCAUUUAAAUCAUUUGAUGAAAAAGCACUGCUGAAAGUAUUAGAAAUUAAUGAGACUGAUUAUUUAUUUGAACAAAUCAAAAAUCUACAAAAAAAUAGACAGUACAAUUCUGCUUGUAUAUCAUAUAUGCAAAGCAAGUUUCUUAUUAAUCUAAGUAAUAAUUGUGACUUAGCUUUAAAUUUUAAACCAAUAAAAUAUUUUAUGUUAGCUUCUAAUAAAGUAUUA